GGCACCGCGUGGCUACUCUGUCAGAUGUAAACAAAGCCGUAGUCCUUUCGGUUUAAGCCUAAAAUAAAACUUCACACGACCAAAUUAUUGUAAGGUGGUUCCACAUAACGGGAUCAUGAAGUUUUUGGACCUUUUUGGGCGCCUAAAAUCUGUGGUUAUUGGGAUGAUUCAUGUUAAAGCCUUACCAGGCACCCCCCUGGGCUGUAUGAAAAUGUCCCAAAUCACUGAAGAAGCAUGCAGGGAGGCCGCCAUGUACCGUGACGCAGGGAUUGAUGGUGUGAUCAUUGAGAACAUGCAUGAUAUCCCUUACUCAUUCUCCGUGGGCCCUGAGGUGUCCGCCUGUAUGACCGCAGUAUGCGCUGCAGUGAGAAGCAUGUGUCCAGGCCUGCCGCUUGGGGUCCAGAUCCUGUCUGCUGCUAACCAGCCGGCUCUGGCAGUAGCUCUGGCUUCAGGUCUGGAUUUCGUCAGGGCUGAGGGUUUUGUCUUUUCUCACGUGGCUGAUGAGGGUCUCCUGAACGCCUGCGCCGGAGACUUACUGAGAUAUCGCAAGCAGAUCGGAGCCGAGCACGUGCACAUCUUCACCGACAUCAAAAAGAAGCACAGCUCCCAUGCCCUGACAUCAGAUGUGAGCAUUGAAGAGACGGCCCGUGCCGCCGAGUUCUUCCUCUCGGAUGGACUCAUAAUCACAGGAGCAGCCACUGGAGUGCAGGCGGACCCGCGGGAGCUCAGAGAGGUUUCCCAGUCUGUGACAAUCCCAGUGCUGAUUGGUUCUGGAGUGACCUAUGACAACGUUGAACGCUACCUUGAUGCAAACGGGAUGAUCAUCGGUUCUCAUUUCAAGCAGGGUGGCCACUGGGCCAAUGCCGUCGACCCGGAGAAAGUGAAGAGGUUCAUGGGAAAGAUACGUGAGCUUCGAAAAUGAGAGCCUGUCAUCAUGACCAGUGCCUUUGACAUGUUAAUUACUGUGUGUACUGCCUCAUUAAACACAUACAGCCACCACCUUAAGAAAACAAGACUUUAUUUUUUUUUUUGUACAUUUUAUAAAUACACACAAAUAGAAAAACAUAUUGAACUGUAUUUACACUUCUAAAAUUAAAAAUGUGCCUUACAUGAAAAAGUGAGAACCUGCUGAAAAGGUGUACAUUUUGUGCAAAAUGGUUGACCCUAUACAAAACAUUACCAGUGGUUGUGUAAUUAUUUCUUAAGGAGACUCAAACAAAAGGAGCAUUUAUUAUCUCAGGAAAUUCACAGAUGUUUUCAAACAAAGUGACUACUGUACAGGUCACCGUGAUAUGAAAUUAGCUGUUAUUACACAGGCACA